UUCAAGCCUAUUUUUGAAGCCAUAGCUCUCUGGUGCAGUUAGCACCUGAAGGUGUGGGGGCGAUGGCCAUUGGAGGGUCUGCCCAACUGUGCCUAGCACUGCUGCUCAUAUCUCUGGGUGUCGUGAUGACAGCCACUCAGAAAUCUGUAGUGUCCUUGGACCCACCAUGGAUUAGAAUAUUUGAAGGAGACAAAGUGACCCUUUCAUGCAAUAGGAACAAUUCCCUUCAAAUGAAUUCUACUACUACAUGGAUCCACAAUGGUAUCAUCUCUAAUGUGACAUCUUCACAGUGGGUGAUUGAGAGUGCCACCAGUCAUGACAGUGGAAAAUACAUAUGUCAGAAACAAGGAUUCUAUAAGAGUAAACCUGUGUACUUGGACGUGAUGCGAGAUUGGCUGCUCCUUCAGACAUCUUCUGACAUGGUCUUAGACAAUGGAUCCUUUGACAUCAAAUGCCGUGGAUGGAAGAACUGGAAUCUCCGCAAGGUUACCUACUACAAGAAUAACAUUGCUUUCCAGUACAAAUUUGAGAGCCCCACCAUCGCCAUUAGACAGGCCACACUUAAUGACAGUGGCACCUACCACUGCAUAGGCUAUCUCAAGCAGGUGAAACAUGAAUCUGAGAAAUUCAGAAUUUUUGUAGUAAAAGCUUACAAAAGCAAGUACUGUUGGCUACAACUAAUUUUUCCGUUGUUGGUGGUGAUUCUGUUUGCUGUGGAUACGGGGUUAUUGCUCUCAACCCAAGAACAGUUCAAAUCACUCUUGAAGAUUCAGAAGACUGGAAAAGGCAACAAAGUUGAAACGUAACUCCUAACCUAGUCGGUGGCACAGAAGACAUGGUAGAUGCCAAUGGUCCUGACACGGAAAUCUAAAAUGCUGCUGCAGAUUGCUGACCCUAGGAAACAGAUUCCUGGGCCAGGACUUAGAAGAAGCAUUCACAGCUUUGCUGGAGUGAAGGAAGCAGGAUUGAAAGAGACAAGCUGAAAUGUGAAAGAGUCACAGCAGAAACCCUAAACCAUGUCACAGAUGACAGCUCUGUACCUGGGAGAGCUCUUCAUAAUCACCAUAGAGAGGAGAUACCAUGGACCAGACAAAUAACAGGAGGCAGCAUGUCCCCAGAACAUGUUAAAAGCAAAAAAGAUGCAGUUCCUUAGCAAGGAUGCUUCCUGAAGGGGACUCACUGAGAGCUUCACUCCGGGGUUCUCACUUACCUGGGGAGUUCAUCAGUGUCUUUACUUCAUACCUUUACUUAAGCCAGAGUUACCAGAAUUGCCAAUUGUCCUUUAGUAAACUCCACAGAAAGUAAUUGGCUCUACUGUUUCUGGAAAUCUGGGCAUAUAGCCCUCCAACACUCCUUCCAUGUGCAGACUUCACAUUCUAGUGAUUUUAUCCAAAGUGCUAUGCUCUACUCAUGUCAAACAGCAGAUCAGAUGUUCCUUUCACUGUGAUAUCUACAAGCUCCUUCCAGGUCCACUAUCAUUAUUGCAGCCUUAAGAGGAUAAAUAAAGCUCACCUUGCCUGUA